GAGAUGUGGGGGGGGCAGGACCGGAGCGGCCUUGGAGCUGUGGGACGUUUCGCGCCCUCCUCGCCUUCUCUGACGACAUCAUGCUCCAGUUCCUGCUUGGAUUUACCUUUGGCAACGUGGUUGGUAUGUACCUGGCUCAGAACUAUGACAUUCCAAACCUGGCUAAAAAAGUUGAAGAGAUUAAAAAGGACUUGGAAGCCAAGAAGAAACCCCCUAGUUCCUAAGGCCCACUCCAGCACUGUGUUCUGGAUUCACCAAUUCUACUGCUUCUGAGGGGCCGUCUUCACUUCCUAAUCCCAAAACUCUUGCUCUCUUCUCCAGUCUCAGCGAUUUUCUUCUUUCUAGAUGCUGUGUGUUGCCUCAGAGAAAAAUGGGGCUACAAGUUGAGAACUACCCUUUAUCUUACCAGCAGCCUCACCUCUUCCCUUGUCUUCCUUCUAGCUUCUUGGGAGGUUCUAAGACUGGAUUACGGUGCUAGGUUAGCAAACACAACCUUUAAUUAGUAGUUUAUUUCCUCUUUGGGAUUUCUGCUACCUUUUGUCAAAAGAAAAAUUGAUGAGUUUUGUAUAGCUGACCAGGUAUAAGUAAUGCUGAUUUUCACGGUUUAGCAAUUAUAAUGGGUGCUUGCUAAAAUACUUGUUACAAAAUUUGUUGAUUCAAAGUAAUUAAAAUAUGUAGAAGCCAGUUUCUGGUGAAUUAUCCAUUUAUUUUAUACUGUUAUCAGGCAGCUCCACAGUUGAUAAUUUAACCAAUAAAUCAGUUUGCUCUUCAUUAACUGAGAAACUAUAUUCUAGGAAUUCUGUAUAGAACUGGGGAAUUAAAAAAAAUAUGCAAAAUAAUUGUUUUUGUCUCAAUAGAGUUCACAGUCUAUUUACGAUGCACGUUUUUCCUUAAUGAUAUAUUUGGUCUGACUCUUUCCUCCAAAGAAUCAUGAGAUUAUAGAUGCGUUUGACAUUGCAUGAUGGAUAAAUGAGAAGUUGUUGGUGAAGGAAAUGUUAUGGUGUUUCACACUAAAAAAUGUAUUUACAGUAUAAUUUCAUAGUGAUUAUUCUAAGAAAAGUGUGGUCCAAAUUCACACUAAAAUCAUCAACUUGAGAAAAAAUUCUAUUUCUUUUUAUAGGUGAUUCUUUUUUGGGGUUGGUGUGCAAUUAGAAAUUACUCUAGUAAUUUGUCAAAUGUAUAAUCAGUCUUUUUUUGGGGGGUGGGGUGGGGUGGAGUCUCACUGUGUUGCCCAGGCUGAUCGCCAACUCCAAUUUUUGCACCUGAGUGCUGGGACUAUAGUUGUAUACCAUUUCACCUCCAUAUUUUUUUAAUUAAAAAUAUUUUCCCAUGGUUGAAGAUACAAAAGUGAUUUCAUAUGAAGGACCUCUCUAACUCCUGUCCUCUUGCUCCCAGCCCCUCCCCUUCUGACACUCAUCGUUACUUCCUUUGUGCCUUUGAGAAAGAGUCUCUGCCUAAACACUCACUUGCAUGAAUUUUUUUCUUUUUUCUACACAAAUGGUAACAAACUAUACAUAGCCUCCCUUUGGAAACCCUCCCUCUUCUUAAUGGAAGUCAUUCCAUAUUAGUUUCUAAGGAAUAAGAAACCUUAUUCCUUUUUUGGCUUCAUAAUAUUCUAUUAAAUGGAUAUACCAUAAUUUAAUCUGCUACUGAUAAAUGUUUAGGUUAUUCUUUUGCUAUUAUGGUGAUAGCAUUGAAACUAAUGUUACACAUAUCUAUGUAGGGUAUAGCUACAAGAUAAAAAGUCCUAAAAAGUAUAAUUUGUACCAAUAUAGUGUUUUGUUUCAGAGCUUGUUGGGCAGUUUAACCAAUAAUGUCUUCCUGAAGACAUUUUAGUGGAAUCAACAAACUGGAACAAGUAUUUAUAGUCACCUUUUUCCUGACAGUGAUGACACUGAUCCUGUAUGAGAUUCUAAAUUAAGUGAUCCCACUUCUCUCUGAAAACAUGGAUCUCAUACAUGGAGAUAAGUUUUUUCCUUGAAAGGGUCAUUCUCAUGUGUGAGACAGAUCAGGAUCAAAUUAUGGUUUGGUUUCUCCCUAGCAGUGGGAAGUGGGCAGAUGGUUUAUUCUUUUUGAAACUGUUGCAUUAUUUGUAAGAUGUGGAUGUAAUACCUACCUCAAAGGGUUUUCAUGAGAAAAAUUGAGAUUAUGUAUGUAUGUGUUAUACAAUGCUUUGCAAAUUGUCCAAUAAAUAGUAGACAUUAGUUGAAACAUAUUGCUUUUGAUCAGAAUACUUUUGCAUUUCUUCAGUCACUUUUGGAACCAGUUCAUGAACCAUGCAAAAAAUAGUAAGAAUCAGAUGUUCUGAAGUUAGUCUCUUAGAUAUUGAUGAAAAUUUACAGUAUCUAGCUUGAUCAUACACCUGACAUAUUGAUCUUGAAUGGCUGAAUUGUCAGCAGAAUGAACUACAGCCUCAAAGGCUUUACCACCCUUGAGGAUUCAAAAUACUAGAGGCUUACUUAGAAAGCUGUUUCCACAGACGGAAUCCAUGUUGGCAGCCAUGACAGCACUGACUGUGUAGGGUUUCCCAGUGGUUGCUGUGGGAGGUGGCGGUCCCUUAGAUAAUAGGGGAUUGGGUCUUUUUAUAUCAUACCUUGUAAUCAAAGCUCAUAGAGACUCAGGGCUUCCCUCAGGAGUGUCACUUAACCUUGCUGAGAGAAUCAUUUCUCCCAACGGGAGCCAUCCAACAAGUUGGUUCUUUAACAUGGUUCACAAUGAAUAGUCUGACUUUACAUUUGCCAUUCAGAUCUUCUCUCCUAGUUUUAUGUUCUUGCAACAGUGACAGAGGAGCUCAGAGUUCUCAAUCAAGAUGUUCUUCACUGAGGUACACGUUGAAGGAACCCAGAACCAUCUAGAUUUUAGGGUGUCUUUGAAAAUUCAUAACGUGGGUAGAGUUGUGAUUGAGAUCAUGGCUCUGAAAGUUACUCUGUGGCCACGUGUUUUGCAGGAACUCUUGCUGCACAGAUCAGUGAGAUGAUAGGAAAGAAUCACCACCAAGACAUGCCUCUUUUUUUUUCCUUUAAAAAAAAGUUGCAACCAGGCUUGGUGGCUCAUGCC